AUGAACCUCACGGCAGUCACGGAGAAGAUGCGCGACAUGCGCGUGAGUGGCGCGGGACGCAGCGCGCGCCUGCCCGACAAGUUCCACAAGCGGCUUAUGGAGCGGCUCGAAAAGAUCGCCAUGGGCCGCGACGCGCAGUGCAGUGCGCCUCUGUUUCGCCAGACCAUCGGCGCGUUCUACAGCAGCGUGAUGGAUGCAGCGACCAUGAAGCGGCUCAAGGAAAACCGCAGCGUCGAGGAGCUUUUGCUGCUCUUUUUCAACUCGGCACAGUCCUCGCUCAAGAAGCGCGUCGUGGACGAGGACGAGCGCAAGUCGGAGCUGCAGCAAGAAGUACAGGUAUUUGUGCGCAUCGUGCGCGAGACACUGCGCAACUCGGCAGUCGUGCCAAAAGAACUGAACGAGCGCAUCGACGAGUACGCGUCGCUGCUCGGCGCGCCGGGCGGCCUGCCGCGCCCGCCCAGCGCGAGCAGCUCGCCGCGCCCCGACCAGGCCGUGGAAGACGACACGCCGGCGGCGGAAGCGCCCUUGAUCUUGGCGGUCGGCAAGCUCUUUGACGUGGAAGGCGUGCAGCUCCUGCGCGACGUCGACUCGGUCCGUCCGAUGUCCAACAUGGCGGCUGGCAUGGUCGACUUGAAGCGCAUCGUCUACCGGAUCCACGCACAGCAGCCGUGGCCCGGCGCCCCGGACGACUUUGUCUCGGUCGACGAGUACAAAAAGUGGCGGUCCGCCGAGCUCAAUGCGCUGUCGCAGCUGAUGGUCGACAUGUGCCGUCUGCGCCCUGAGCUGCUCAGCAAUGCGUCCACAAGCGAUAGCACAGCGGCACGCAUGCCGCGCAAGUCGACCGACGGAAGCACAAGCACGCCCGAGCUCGUCGCCGACAAUGAGGAGGACGGCGAGCUGACGUUUGUGCCGAGCGACACGACCGCUGCCUACCAGCGCGUGCUCGAGCGGUGCAUUGACGUGGACCUGGACGCGAUACGGAAAAAGAGCGAGGACGAAGAAGUAUCCCUCGGCAUCCUCUCGCCGCUUCAUCUCCAGCUGCUCGAUGUGCUUGCGGAGCGGUGGCGCAUUCCGCGUGCCUUCCGCGCGCUGGCGAACCUGCGCGUGGUCAAGGCGCGGUACGACUGCGGCGAUAUCCCGUUCGAGUGCCUCGGCUCCGCCCUCGACCAGGUCGUGCAGGUCGUGCAGGAGGUGGAGCCGCCGCAGUGGCGCAAGCACGACCAGCAAGCGAUGCGCCGCUCGCUCGACUCUCUGGCCGACACGCUGCUGCGUGGCAUCUAUUCCCAGUUCCAGGCGGUCGAGGCGGCGAAUAUGGACGAGAUGCAGCCUACGAUCGAGCUCGUGGAGCGCAUCCAGGUGCUGCUUGCUGCGCUCGGCCAGCAGGACACUACACCAAAACAACUGCACGAGCUGAACGAGGCGAUGCGCAUCAGCGCGAUCCAGCACUAUACGUCCAAGACGGCCGAGCUCCUCGGCGGAGGAACCAACUUUUUGGAUGCGUUUGGGCAGCUCCUCACUUGGAUCCAAGACCGCGUCAAGGUGCUGGACCGUAAGUUUUCUACGUCGAUCCUGUCGGUGUCGCCGGUGGACGUCGUGAUUCAAAAGCUCGUGCCGUUGUAUCUCGACGACCUCGCAUCGAUGCGCGAAGCUGUUUUGCAGCAGGUCAUACAGACCAACGAGAUCGGUGAAGUGAACGAGGCGCUAAGCUUGUUUGAGCGCGUGCGUGCGCUCGUGGCACUGUACGCUGCGAGCAACGCCCCGACGCCGCUCCACUUUCCGCUGCGCCGCUGGUUUGCGCCGUACGUCGAGCAGUGGCUCGCCUUGACCGAGGUGCAGGCGUCCAAGUGGGUCCAGAAUGCACUCCAAGCCGAUAGCUUUGCCGCGGCCGACGGAGAAGAGACGCAGCACAGCACGUCGAUCACCGACCUGUCGGUCGCGCUGCGGCAGCCGCUGCAGUUCCUGCUCAACCUGCAGUGGCCGGACAAGUACGAGCAGGCGUGCUUCUUUACGAUCCUCGCAAAGUCGUACAGCCGGCUCAUGGAGCAGUACUGCCACGCGAUUGAGGACCUAUUCAUGGCUGAGAUGCUGCCUGCGCCCGACGAGCCGGCGCCGCUCCUCGGCGGCUUUCUGGACGGGCAGCUGGCGAACGAGUACGUGGCCGCGCUCCCUCCGAAGCAGGCCGCGUGGGUCGCCAAGGCCAAGCAGACGAUUGCAGGCGAGAAAAAGAUCCAGCCCUUCCUUUUCCAGCCUGCAUCGUGUGUCAAGCUGAACAAUAUCGAGGCGGCACGCAAGCUCCUCGACGAUCUCUACAAGCGCAUGGACGCGGACCGCCAGGCGAAGAUUGUUGCCGAGCAGCUCCACGCGCUGCCGGAGGACGAGGGAGAUGACUCGGCCGUGGGCCUUGGCAGCGAGCGUGCGCCGUUGCACUACCUCUUUUCCGUCAAGCUCGUCCAGGCCGAGCUGCUGGACGCAGGCCGCGACGAGGGCGAAAAGCUUGCGAAUCGCCUCGACACGUUUGUCACGCUGAGCGACGAAAGUGGCAUGCGCCUCGCCAAAACGCGCACGAUCUACGAUACUUACUCGCCACGCUGGGACGAGGUGUUUGACAUUCCCGCCUCUUCGCUCCUGUGGGUCUCGACAACCGUGUGGCAGCGCCGCUUUGGCAGCGAGCCAACCAUUUAUGGGCGCGCGCCGCUGCGGCUCGACCCGCGCGUCUUUCGCGACCAAAACGCACACGAAGUGUGGCUCACGCUCGACGGAAGCGGCGGCAAAGUCCUCGUGCGUAUCAGUAUGGAAGAUGCGCACGACGAUAUCCUCUUCCACUUUGGCCGUGCGUUCCGUGUGCUGAAACGUUCGGAAGUGGAUAUGGUGCGUGUGUUGGUCGACCACAUGUCGCUCUUUAUGCGCCAGUUCCUCUCGCGCUCGGUCGUGCGUUCGCUGGUGCGCGGCGGCCGCGUGAAUCUGGACCGUGCCAUCGACAACGUCAAGGCAUUGUACGCCUCGGCGGUCGCACAGGCGAACGGCACGGCGGCGCUCAUUCCGCCAGUCGACGAGCGGAAGCGCAGCGCGACGCUCUCGGACCAGGAGCUCGAGGCGGCGAUCGUGCCGCUUCUCGACUACUUUGAAGAGACGCUCGGCACGCUCAAGAGCUCGCUCAGCGAGGACCAGGCGCAGUUUGUCCUCACGCGUGUCUGGAAAGAGGUCCUGUCGACGCUCGAGUCGAUUCUCGUCCCCCCGCUCUCGGAUGCACCCUCCGACAUGCGGCAGCUGUCGGACAAGGAGGUGGACAUUGUAUUCAAGUGGCUGUCGUUCCUCAAGUCCUACUUUAAUGCGUACGACGAAGAGACGGGCGUCGCGCACGGCGUGCCGCUGGAUAUCCUGCAAGGGCCCAAGUACCGCGAGCUCAUCUCGUACUUGCUCCUCCACGACCAGACCACGGACCAGCUGAUGGUCGAGUGCGUGCGUGGUUUCCAGACGCGGCUCGCCAAGUCGCCCGCGGAGCGCCGCGCCAAGUCCAAGUCGGUUUUGAACCAGCGCUCGCUCGGCACGAUUCGCAAGCACAAGCGGAUCAAGGCCGAAGAAGACCACACGCACACCGAUAUGGCGAUGAAGAUUUUGCGCAUGCGGCCUGGCACGGGCGACUUUUUGACGCAGCAGCUCAUUUCGAUGAACUCGCUGCAGCAGUCUCUCACGCGCCCCACGCCCUCGGCCUCGCAGCCGGGUCUGCGGCGCACAUCCAAGCGUCUUUCGAGCUUGUUUAAUAGGUAA